UGUUAGGUGUUGUGCAUGUCUGGGGAGGGAGCAAUAACGCACCUCUGAAUACUGGACCCACAGUGAAAUAUUAGACCCACUCUGAGUCAUGAGAGAGUUGUCCCUCUCCUCUGCUGUUGCCCCACACUCCUCCACCACCAGCUGCCUCUGUCCAUCCAUCCAUCCAUGCCCCCCCCACCUAAAAAUACACUCCUGCUCUCACUGAGGAAAAUCCCUGUGCGUUGACCUAGCUUGAACACACACACACACACACACACACACACUGGAGUCGGUUGGCCUACCCUUCUCUCCAUGGAAACUAUUCCUCUGUAAUUAACUGGAUGAAACACACUUUUCUGGAGAGGACUGGAUGACGCGGCUGGAAGUCAGGAAGUGACUCGAGUUAUAACUACGAGCUCAGAAGAAAAUGUAUUUAAAAAAAACACAGUGGCGCAACAGAGCUGGAACAAACGGCUCGCAACCUUCAGGGAGAUCUGAGUUUGCAGAGCUGAUUAAGUGAAAUAGUCACCAGCAGAUAAGGCUGUUCCAGUGACAGGGACAGUCGGGAUCAAAGUCUAUAGGUAUGGCUGAACACUGUUCACUCUGUACCUCUGCACACUGUGCCCAAUGGAGAGCAAGAUGAACUUUGCAUACUGCUGCAUCACCAGUAGACACUUUUUGCAUAUCCUGUCUCACACUCUGUGUCACUGGCUGCUGUCAUUGAAGGAAAGAGGGAGGGUGAACUCAUUCUAGAGGCAGCAGACCUAUAUUACAACAACCCCCCCACCCCCACCCAGGCUUGACUAAGCUGCAUGUGGAUUACUGCCAGAGAGAGAGAAAGAGCAAGAGAGAGAGAGAGAAGUUGUCAGUGCGGUUGUUUGGUUGAAACUUCAGCUUCAUAUCAGGCGUUUAUAGCCUGUGUGGAAGACAAUGAGCAGGGCGGAAUCGGUUCCUCUUUACUGAUGCCCUAAUUGCCAGUUCUGUUUACAGCUAUUUCUUUUUGGUACAUGGCGACAUCUUUAAUGUUUUCUUUUUUUUUCAAAUCUGUGCGUGAUUCAAGUUACUGCAAAUGAGCGCAAGUCUCAGCUUGUGUGAGGUUCAUCAUCAUCAUCAUCAGCAGCAGCAGCGGCAGCAGAGGAGGAGGAAGAAGGACACCUUUUAAGGAGCAGAAGCUGCGGACUAAGUUGGAUUAUUGUUGCGCGCGGGAGAGUGUGAUUUCCUCCUUUUAUCUCGUGUGUUAAGUUUUAUUUCACCUCGGGCAGUCAUGACUUCGGUGUGGAAAAGACUGCAGCGGGUCGGGAAGAAGGCUUCAAAGUUUCAGUUUGUCGCGUCUUACCAGGAACUCGCACUGGAGUGCACCAAGAAAUGGCAACCAGACAAACUGAGGGUGGUGUGGACCAGGAGGAACAGACGCAUGUGUUCCAAGCUCCACAGUUGGCAGCCUGGAAUCAAGAACCCCUACAGGGGCAUGGUGGUGUGGCCGGUCCCAGAGAACAUCGACAUCUCUGUUACACUAUUCAAGGAGGCCAACGCUGACGAGUUUGAGGACAAAGAGUGGACCUUUGUCCUUGAGGGUGAGAAUAAGGGGCAUCGUAAGGUGCUGGCAUCAGCUGACAUCAACCUGAAGAAGUUCGCCAGUCCCAUGCCGACCCAGACUGACCUGACGCUUAAGCUGAAACCACUGUCUGUGAAAGUGGUGGAGGCCACGCUCAAGCUCUCACUGUCGUGUGUCUUUGUUCGCGAGGGAAAAGCCACCGAUGAAGACAUGCAGAGUCUGGCGAGCCUGAUGAGCGUCAAACCCUCAGACAUCGGCAACCUGGAUGAUUUCAAUGAGAGCGAUGAAGAUGAGGACAAGAAGUCUGUCACUGCUACAGUGGUCCCACACACUCUAACUCGCCCAAAUCGCCCCGCUCCCCCUCCACCAGACAAGCGAAACUCCACCGGACCCACUUUUCCAGCCUCAGCGUCUGGACGUGAUGGCGGGCCUCCCAGUCCUGCCGUCCUCGCUCGCCCUCCCCUACCUAUUGCUCCUUGCCCCUCGCCCCGUCGCUCUCGACACCCGUUCUCCACCGCCCCUGUCCAAUCAGAGAUCCAGCCUCCCCAAGCCCCCUCCCCUCAACCCUCACCCAGGUCCAAGCAUAAAAAAUUGACCAACCCUGUUCCCCCUGAGCCUCCUGCUUUAUCUGACCCACAACAUCCAAGCUCCCAGGUCCCAGCAGCUACUUCCUCAAUCCAGAGUGCAUCCCCUGUCCUGCCUCUCUCUGAUGUGUCCCCUGCCAGCCCUCCAUCACCCAAAUCCUCCAAGACGACCACAAUCGCCCCUUCCUCUUCCCCCCAUCCUCCAUCUCUGAAAUGCUCUGAACCUGUAUCUCCUUUACCUUCUGCCCCAGUGGAGCCUUCUUUAGCAGUUCCCUCAGUUCCCUCCAAUCCUUCUUCAUCCGAUAACUAUGAAGGUCCUGCACAUUUAAACACCCCCUCUAAGCUGUCCCUGAAACCUACCAGUACACCUGCAACUGGCAUCACUUCUUUAACUCCCAAACAUCCCUCCACUGCAUUGCCAUCAACCAAGACUGUCUUGACAUCAUCCUCAGCAGCUCCCCAAAUGUCUUCUCUCACCACUCUCACCACUCUGACCCAUAAGCCCAUCUCUGCUACCUCUCAUCCUCCCCCCUCCAAAUCCUCCUCACCCUCAAAGCCCACCCUGUCCUCCGAGCCCUCGUCCUCUCACCCUCCUCUCACCCGGAGCCUCUCUCAGCCUCCCUCUCUGCCCAGAAUCUUCCAGUCAGACUCGGCAAAAGUUCCUGCGUCGUAUCAACGGCGCCCCCCGGAGGAUCAAACUGUAGAUGAUCCUAUUUCAGCCACUGUAGUUCGCUCCCACAUUUUCAAACCUCAGAUUGUCAAGUCAAUCGCCCGCCCUUCUUCUCCCUCACCAUUUUCUGCUGAUGCCCCUCCAGUGGCUUCAGCACCUCCUGUCCCCAAAUCUUACCCCUGUAGCUCUGAGUCAGGUGAUCUGGGGGCGUGGCUGACGUCUGAGUCUGCUCUGAUUGGAGGAGCCGUCACCCCUAUCCCUCUGCUGAGUAGUCCCGAUCUCGACGCUCUGUGCGACCCCGCUGCUCCAACCCUCCCUGCCUCUCUUCCACGCUCAUCACCCCCUCGCUCCUCCUCUUUUUCCACCUCUGUUUUGUUUUCCUCUCCUCACCCUCAUCUUGCUGUCUCUCCUUCUGCUCCUCCUGCUCCGAUCAGCUCCUGCCAGCCAGGCUCAACAUUCACUUUUGCUCAGACAGACAAGGAAACAUCUCCAAGCCCUCUGAGCCGAGGUCAAGAAGUGGCCAACAUCACAGUUUCCAACCAGACCAACAGACCGGGCCAGGACUCAAAGGCGGCCAUCACAGACAACAAGGCUGAGCCAGGACGGAUCAGUCCUGCCCAAUCCCGCUCAGAGCUGAUCAUAGCCCCACCCCCUCCAUGGCCGUUCUCCUGCUGUGAGAGCUCCACCCCCCAGCAGCCCACCACCACUGUUGUGGCGGCUUUUAUCACUCCUAAACAGCCAAAUGUUCAGAGGGGAAUCGAUUUGAAAAAGCCAGUCAGCGAGCUGCAGAAUAUUAUUAGGUUCUCUGAGACCGAAAAGGCGCCUCUGGCAAAGCCUGAGCCCGAGCCUGACUUUGACAGCAUCAUCUUUGAGUCGUUUAACCAAGAUUCAGGGGGCUUGUUUCUGGAAGAGGAUGACUCUAAGAUGGAUACUAUCAAAAGGUGUCCUCCGGGUCUUGAACAGAAAACCAAUGAAAAGGCCUGUGGAGAAAAGGCGUCACUGACAGAACAGUUAGAGGGAGCAGCGGUGCAGAAAGAGGAGGUGGUGAAGGCAGAGCAGGAGAAGCAGAAGGAAAAAGAAAUCCUGAAAAAACAAGAGGAGGAAAGGAGGAGGAAGGAGGAAGAGCAGAAAGCAGAGCUCCUGAAGCAGGAGGAGAGGAGAAAACAUGAGGAAGAGAAGAAGAGACUGUUGGAGGAGGAGAAGAGGAGGCUCCUGCAAGAGGCGGAGGAGGUCAAGAAGGAGAGGGAAAGGAGGAAACGCGAGGAGGAGAGACUCCUGAAGGAGAAGAGAGAUAAGCAGGAAAAGCUGAGGGAGGAAGAGGAGAAGAGGAAGCGGGAGGCGGAGAAGGAGAGGAAGAAGAGAGAGCAGGAGAGGAGACUCCUCGAGGCGGAGGAGGAGAAAGACAGACUUCAGAGGGAGGAGGAGAGGAGACGUGAGAGAGAGAGGUUCAUGACGAAGAUGAAGGAGGAGGAGGAGAAAAGGAUGGAGGAGAAGAGAGAGCUUGAGGAGCAAAAAAAGAGGAGGGAGGAAGAGAAAAAGAGGCUCCUGGAGGAGGAGGAGAGGAAGAAGAUGGAGGAGAAACGCUUGAAGGAGGACAAAGAGAAGGAGCAACAGAAGAUGAAAGAGGAGGAAGACAGAAGAAGGAAGGAAGAGGUGGAGAAUAAACGUCUACAGGAGGAGGAGGAGAGAAAGAAAAAGGAGGAAGAAGAGAAGAGGAAGAAGAUAGAGGAGGAGAUGAAGAGAGUCAAAGAAGCAGAGGAGAGAAAAAAGAGGGAAGUGGAAGAAAAAGAGAGACUACUGAAAGAGGAGAAGGAGAGGGAGGAGAAAGAGAAGGAGAGACUCUUAAAGGAGGAGCAAGUAAGAGUGGAGAAGAAGAAAAAAGAAGAGGAGGAAAGGCGGAAAAGAGAGGAUGAGAAAAGACGUCAAGAAGAGGAAGAGGCGAGGAGGAAAGAAAGACUCUUAAAGGAGCAGAGAGAAAUGGAAAGGAUGCAAAUGGAGGAGGAGAGGAGGAAGAGGGAGGAAGACGAAAAGAAGAGACAACUGCAAGCAGAGCAGAGGAGGCAGGAGGCAGAGAAGAAGAAAAAAGAGGAGGAAAAGAAGAGGAGGGAAGAGGAGGAGAAGCGAGAGAAAGAGGAGAAAGAGAGAGCAGAGAGGAGAGUGAAGGAGGAAGAAGACAGGAAAAAGAAAGAGGCGGAACAGAAAAGGAAACAGCAGGAGAAAGAAGAGAUGGAAAGAAGAAAGAAGAAGGAGGAGGAAGAAAGGAGAGUCAGGGAGGAGGAAGAGAGGAGGAGGACAGAGGAACGAGCAGCUCCAGUCUGCAGUCUGGAGGUCAACAGAUCAGAUGAGGACAAGCAGAAGAUGAGAACUUUAGUUUCAUCUUCCUCUUCUUCUUCUUCUUUGCCAUUUUCUCUGCUAAACACACACACCAACAUCCCUCCACCCAGCUUCACAAACACACCUCCUCCCAAUCUGUUACCCGCCGCCUCCCACCUCCCUCCCCCGAACACGUCCGAGCAGCAGCUGCCCUCACACAUUCUCGGCCAAUCACGAUCGAGACCGUCGACCCUUCAGUCAGUUAACAAACCGAGCUCUGCCGCCGUAGACUCCAACAAAGACCGUCCCCAACCCUCUCUCAUAAAGGAAGGUUCAUUGUCAAACAUUAUUGUCCCAGAAAAGAAAAUAUCUGCCACAUGUACUCCUCCACCUGGCAUCCGUUCAGAACCCACUGUUCAGCCCCUUGCUCAGGAUAAACCAAUCACAUUAGAGGUCUUGACCCAGGAGCCACCUCCAAAGAGGAUGAGUGCUGCAGAGAUUCCUCUGUGGAAAGUGCUAGAAGGGAGAAGUGGGAAAGAUACACCUGAAAAAAUCUCUGCCGAGGAGAGUGCAAAACCUUUGUGCAGAGGCUCACACACAGAAGAUGCUGCUAAGGUGGACACCCCUGUCAGGCAGGAGCACGAGCCAAUCACAGCCAAGGAGUCAGGGACACAUCACAUAGUGCCACCACCUCCUGCUCAACCCGCUGCACCAUCAGUUAAAGAGGAACCCAAAGAGCCAGAGGGACCCAGUGUGGAACCAGCAACCUCACUCGAGGUUUCCCCCAAACCGGUCGGGGAGCGCACGGCUUUGGCGCUGGAGCCGCUGCUGCCCUCAAAACCAGAACCGGGACUGCGGCCGGAACCAGUUCUCCAGCCAUCAGGAAAGCCACAGGGGGAGGGAGCAGAUGAGGAGAAACCAGCAGACAGCGUGGCUCGUGGUGAGGAGAGUUUCGUCAACAACGAGGAGCCAGUGUGCGAGGCAGAAAAGCAGCUGUGGGCAGCCGUGGAGGAGACCACAGCGGAGACGGGAGCAGAGAGAGGGAUGGAAAGUAGUGAGAGCACUGACGAGAAGGAAGAGAAGGAGCAGGAGGAGGAGGGUGUAAUAGGGGGCUAUGAGACAGUGGCCUCCAUCCUGCACACAACUGGAUCCACUGAUGCAGGUCCUCCACACCCGUCUGCAGAACAAUCGUGCCUCCUUUUGAGCGAUGAAGAUCAGCUGUUUAUACGUGAAGUAGAUGCAGAGAUGCUGUAUACCUCUGAGCCAGAUGAUGAGUCGCUGAUUGGCGUUGGUGUGGACAUUUCGCCACCCACGGCCUUCUCAGACGCAACAGAAAAUCACACUGUUUUAGUUAAGAAACUAGAGUGCUUACCUACAGUGGAGACACGUGGGCUCAGUUUGGUGGCGAGUCUGCGACUGGCAGCAAGUGAGCAGGAGAAAGAGAGGGAGCAGGAGAGGGAGAGAAGGGAGAAAGAAAGGAUAAUGAGGGAGGAGAGAGACAGGAAGGAGAAGGAAGAGGCAGAAAGGAAGGAGAAAGAGAGGGUGGAAAAGGAGGAAAGAGAGAGGUUGACAAAGGAGAGAGGGGAGAUGGAGAGGAAGGAGAGAGAAAGGAUGGAGAGGGAAAAGGAAGAGGAGAGAAAGAGGUUGGAAAAUGAGAGGGAAGAGCUGGAGAACAAGCAAAGGGAGGAGAGGGAAAAGGCAGAAAGAGAAAGUGAGCAGCAGAGGGCAGAUAGGGAGAAGAAGAAAAAAGAAGAGGAAGAAGAAAGGGCAGAAAAGAAGAUGGAAAGGGAAAAAAACAAAAAGGGAGAGGUGGGCAGGAUGAUGGAAAAAGAAGAGAAACCGCAACAGAGACAAGAGAUCCUUUCUGACUCUAAAUCAGUGCAAAGCAACCAAAAAGAUGAGAACAUCCAAUCAACUGACUGUCCGCCACUGAGAGAGGCAGACCUGGAUGAUAUUGCAUAUGAUGAGAGGUUACAGGGCAAUGAGGAGGAGUCAGAAAGCAAAUCUGAUCCCAAAUCAGUGAAAAUGAUCGACCCUGAAGCUGAAAUCAAACUGGUUUCGGCCAGACCAAUUGAUUCAGUCCCUGCAGACAUACCAACAAAUAAACUUGAUUCCAGAUCAGACAAACCUGAUGACUCUGAUAUUGCUGUUAAGAAAGGCCUGGAUCAUUCUGCUCUGAGAUCAGUUAGAAAAGGCAAGCCAAACCUUAAAUCUGGUGCCAUCCCAGUGUGGAUGAGAGAGGAGGAGGAUGAGGAGGUGGAGUAUGAGAGAGGACAUGAGGAUCUUGGCUCCAUCUGGCUGGCUGAGCUUUACAUGGAAGGGGAAGCAGGCCCAGGCCACCCAUCCCCUGCUGUAGCUCAGAAGCCCUCCUCACUUCCCUUCAGCGAACAAACCCUUUACAAGAGCUCUGCUGUCAGUCAGCCAAAUAAACCAGAACCUCCCGAUUCCCUAACCAAUCAGGCUGGCCGUCCUCAUCCUAACCCUGCUUUGGUGUCUAAGCAAGAGGAAAGAAUCAGUCAGACAACUAGGGCAAAACCUGCUCUCAGACACAGUGAGGCACAAAAACAGCCAAUGAAAGAGCAGAGUGAUGAUGACAGAAAAACCGGUCACAGCCAGGAGGUGGCAGCCAAUGAGGAGGCAGAACUUGUUCAGUCGUCGGUGGUGCCUUGGCCGCUUCCUCCAAGCGCAAACACUAGUAGCAUACACUGUGACUUAAAUAACACCAAGACAUAUACUGACACUCACAUCAACAAGACACACGAUGACAAAACAGCCACAGAUUCACGCAAGAGUCUUGAAAUGAGGGACGAUAAAGACAUGAAUCCCUCCAAGAGCCCGAGCUUAAAUAAGCACACACACCCAACAGAGACUGACGGUACACCAACGGACAACCUCCACACACCGACACACACCCCCGAUCACAGCAAUGUCACCAAAGACCAGCAGCUCCAAGAGGAGGAGAGGUUAUUAUUGGCUAAAAUUCGCCUGAUGACAGGUGAGACAUCACCUGUCUCCAGCCCUCACAGUAUGAAACGGCUUUUCCCUGCCCCCGGUGAUAUUGACUGUGACGCCACAGAGCCCAAGAGCCGAUCAGAAAUCAAACUUAUUGAUCACAAUCAGCGCUCGCUUAUUCCCCACUUUGACGCCCUGCAGGAAAUAUCACUGGCUGAGACAGAGGAGCCACUGGGAGAGGAGGAUGUGCUAAAACACCCACCGGCCGACCUCCCCGACGGUCCAGAGAAGAAACACACAGACAUACACAUCACUCCUCCCCAUCACUGUGAGUUGAAGACAUCUUGGCUUCCUACGUUACCAGAGGAAGAAACCAGUGACGUUACGGCGCCUGAUCCAGUUCCAACAGUCAGAGAGGAGGCUGAUGGGAAGGACGACACAGCGGAGGGCCUGGUGAACUCCAGUCAGUCGCUGCUCCAGUGGUGCCAGGACAUCACCAGCGGGCACCAGGGGGUGAAGGUCACAAACUUCAGCACGUCCUGGAGAAACGGCCUGGCCUUCUGUGCCAUCCUGCAUCACUUCCAUCCAGACAAAAUAGAUUUUGACCAGUUAGACCCUCAUGACAUCAAGCUCAACAACAAAAGGGCGUUUGACGGUUUCGAGGCGCUGGGCAUCUCUCGUCUCUUGGAGCCGUCCGACAUGGUUCUCCUGUCCGUCCCCGACAGGCUCAUAGUCAUGACCUACCUCAGCCAGAUCCGCUCGCACUUCACCAACCAGGAGCUGAGCGUGCUGCAGAUAGAGCACAACAGCAGCCAGUCCAGCUAUGGCCUCGCCCUCUCCGGUCCUGCUCCCACGAACGUCGAUGCCGCCGCCUUCUGCAUGGCCAGACUUAACGAAGGAGUGAGUCUGGAGGAAGGAGGAAGCAGCACGUUGGUCGUCCCGCCACCGAGGACCAAACGAGUAGUUAAAGUCGACGAGUCGAUAACCCCGGUCCCACCCCCAAGGUCCAUUGCCAAGACGGUCAUAUCUGGACUAACUCAGGAUGAAGACACAGUGAUGGAAAACACUAACAAAACAGAGUUGCAGACUGCAGAUGAGACACAGCCUCCCAAGCAAGAAGCAGAAACAAUGUGUCUGCAGGACACCAGUCAGUAUGUGCUGAGUGAGCUGGCAGCGUUGGAGACGGAGCAGAAGCACAUCGACAGCAGAGCCGCCGUGGUGGAGCGACGACUGCGAAGCCUCAUGGAAACAGGAAGUGACCGUGAUGAGGAGGAGAGACUGAUCCAGGAGUGGUUCACUCUUGUGAACAAGAAGAACGCUCUGAUACGCAGACAGGACAACCUGGAGCUACUGCAAGAGGAGCAGGAUCUGGAGCGGAGGUUUGAGCUUCUGACCAGAGAGCUACGGGUCAUGAUGGCUAUCGAAGACUGGCAGAAGUCGUCCACUCAUCAGCAGAGGGAGCAGCUUCUCCUCCAAGAGCUGGUGUCUUUGGUCAACCAACGGGACGAGAUUAUCAGAGACAUCGACGCCAAGGAGAGAGGGGCUCUGGAGGAGGACGAGCGACUGGAGCGCGGUCUAGAGAUGAGGAGGAGAAAAUACAGCAACAAAGACAAAUGUGUCCUCCAGUGAGAAGAGAGGAGGAGCACAAAAGGCUUUUUACUGCUGAGCCCCUGAAGUCACAAAAGAUGAUACUUUUGUAGGUUGUUCAUAAUUUGUGUGCGCAGGAUGAAAACAAAUCUUUCAGGACUUGUGGGGGCUCUGUAUUUUCCUGUUUGUUUUCUAAGUUAAGUGCCUUCAUUUUCCCAGAGAACUGCCAGAUUGAGGCUGCAGACUGUCGUCUUCUUCUCUGUAAAAAUGCUUGUCUGUUCAUGUCACAGUUGAAUUAUUUUCAGUCUGUCUUAACAUAAUAGUAUUAUUUUGAUUCAAUUCACCUAUUUUUAUUUAUUUAAAUGAUGCGUCAGAAAGUUGGACUUCUAUUGCACAUGUGGUGUUUUGUGUGUUUUGUGUGCGUAUUCUUCUGUUCAUUCAGUAUUUGAACACUGGGUUUUCCUGUUUUGUUUGUUUGCUUGUUUUUCAAAAUUAAAGCAGAAUGUGCCAUAUCCUCGUAACUUUUAUGGCAAAUAAUUUAUAGAUGCUUAUGGUAUGCACACAUAAAAAAAGAAACUGCUCUGUUUCUGGUGAUGUUUGUUUUACAUUUCUGUGUCAGACAUUUCCACCCUGAAAAAUAUCUGUUAACAUGUCAAAACAUUUCAGAUGACAUCACACAUGAGAAGUCAUGAGCUGGACUCAAAGCCACAGUGUUGUUUGUACAGUGUACACGUUUUCAACUGCAGGAUGACUCCAAUGUCACAUUUUGAUAAAGCCUGAAAGCAUUUCCAUGUAUUUGCAAUAUUAUACUUUUUUUCUUUGUUAGAUGUUGGAGGUUGAAAGUGUUUUAUUAAGGAGGCUCAUGGUGGUUUGUAACUUAAAGUAUUUAUUUUAAGUGCCUUAAAUCAAUCAUAAUGUAUAUAUGGUUGUGACGCCUGCUUUAUGCACAGAAAUUAACCUGUUUCCUCAUUUCUGUGUUGUUUGACUACUGUAUGCAUGCUUUUUGAGGUGUGCUGAUAAAGUGGUACUCUGCUUCAUAUCAUCACUGUAUGCCUAUCACACUGUAUACCUAAGGUUGCUGUCUUUAUUUAUGUUGAGAAUGAUGUUGAUUAUUAUAGUAAAUAUUGGUUUGUUGUUUA